AUGGCGGUGCUGGAUGACUGGCCUUUGGAAGAUAUUGUUUAUACGAGUAUCGUGGGUGUGGUUCUGGUGAUGGCCUGCCUCGAGUGGUUUCUCUGGCUGGCAGCUUUUGUUUACUGCCUUGUCAAGGUCUUCCAAAAGGCAGAGCACUGGUCCAUCAGUGUACUUUGCGUCGUUGUUGGUGUCGCAUUUGUUCUACUCCGCGCCAUCUUCCUUCCAAUCAUGGUAGUGACGCUGCCAUUGCCGAGCCAGGUUACCAAGCUAUGGCCAGAAGAGAUGGUGACGUUUCUCCAGUGGUUCGCCUUUUGGAGCUUCGCCAUAUUGCUCACAGUCCCUUGGCUGUUCUGCAUCUAUCAGCUCGUGACCAAUCAACUCGGCCGGACGAAGCGCAUCAAGCAGGUUCUCGACGAUGUGACUGCGCCUAAGGUCGUUGUUGUGAUGCCCUGCUAUCGAGAAGAGCCCGAAGUCCUCAUCAAAGCUAUCAAUUCCGUCGUCGAUUGCGAUUAUCCAGCCGCAUGUAUCCACGUUUUCUUAUCCUUCGACGGCGAGCAAGAAGACGAGCUAUAUCUCAACACCAUCGACCAUCUUGGCGUGUCACUCACGAUGGAGUCGUAUCCUAAGAGCAUCGACGUAAGCUACCGCUCGGCUCGUAUAACUGUUUCUCGAUUCCCUCAUGGAGGCAAGCGUCACUGUCAAAAAGUGACUUUCAAGCUCAUUGACAAAGUGUACGAACAGUACCUCAAGCGAAACGACAAUCUAUUCAUCCUUUUUAUCGACUCGGAUUGCAUCUUGGACAAGGUUUGCCUUCAAAACUUUGUCUACGAUAUGGAGCUCAGUCCCGGCAAUACUAGAGACAUGCUGGCCAUGACUGGUGUCAUCACCUCGACGACGAGAAAACAUAGUGUUAUCACCCUGUUACAGGACAUGGAGUACAUACAUGGGCAAUUGUUUGAGCGGACUGUCGAGUCCGGGUGUGGCUCUGUUACUUGUCUACCUGGUGCGCUGACGAUGUUACGGUUCUCGGCCUUCCGGCGUAUGGCCAAGUAUUACUUUGUGGACAAGACGGAGCAGUGCGAGGAUCUGUUCGACUUCGCCAAGUGUCACCUAGGGGAGGAUCGCUGGCUGACACAUCUCUUCAUGAUCGGAGCCAAGAAGCGGUACCAGAUCCAGAUGUGCACGUCGGCAUUCUGCAAGACGGAAGCUGUUCAGACCUAUCGGUCCCUGAUUAAGCAGCGGCGCCGAUGGUUCCUUGGCUUCAUCACCAACGAAGUAUGCAUGUUGACAGAUUGGCGCCUGUGGAAGCGAUACCCAAUCCUCAUUCUAGUUCGAUUCAUGCAAAACACCAUCCGGACGACGGCCUUGCUAUUCUUUAUCAUGGUCCUAGCCCUGAUGACAACAGUCAAGAAAGUGGACGAUCUUCCCGUGGGAUUCAUCGCCAUCUCUCUAGGCCUCAACUGGAUGCUGAUGCUGUACUUUGGAGCGAAGCUCCGACGGUUCAAAAUCUGGCUGUACCCGCUCAUGUUUAUUCUGAACCCGUUUUACAACUGGUAUUACAUGGUGUACGGGAUCUUCACGGCAGGGCAGCGAACAUGGGGUGGGCCGCGAGCAGAUGCUGCAGCAGCAGACACGCACACGACCGCACGGGAAGCUGUAGAACAGGCCGAAAAGCAGGGUGAUGAGCUGAACGUGGUUCCAGAGACAUUCAGAGCAGCACACGAAGCUCGAAGAGCAGCGUCAAAGCGAGAGUCAGCCGCAACGAGCAGUCUCGGACGGUCCAGGAGCGUGGUGCGGCCGCCAGACAAGAUUGAUGGCAAGUUCUCAGCUCGUCAGAAGACGGCAUCGGGAACAUAUCUACAUCCAGAUGAGCUGGAUGUAAGUGCAGAUGAUGUCGAGUCAGGGACAUACACCAGACCCCAGUUACGGGAGCGAGACUCUUUUGACAGCAUUGUAUCUAGCGGAAGCAUAGGCUUUGGGGUGUGCACACCACGACGAAUGAAGCUUCUCAUGGGUGAAGAAGAUCGUCGCAAGUACGAGAUUGCACAACAGAUGCAAACGCAGGCUUCAGAAGUGGGCAACAUGCAGGCGGUUCUGCCCGGCCGGAAGCUGUCGGAUGCCCCUCUGAGACGAGCAAACUAUCUGGCCAGUAGAAAUGCAAGGCAUCUACAUGAACAAGGGCAGUACGGUCGAGUUGCCCAAGGCGAGCCAAAUGAGGGGUCCAACAUUGGCUCGACGGAGGAGGUGGCUAGUCCAGCCCAGGAGAGAGGGCAAUCCAGGCUUGGUGAGAAUAUGUCGUUUGCGAGCCGGAUGGCGAGAGGAUUGAAGCAAAGCAGAUAA